AUGCCCCAACUAAAUCCUAAUCCGUGAUUCACCAUCAUACUUCUAACUUGAUUCACCUUCUCACUACUUAUUCAACCAAAACUCCUCUCAUUUAUCCCAACAAACCCCCCCACAAACAAAACCGCAACAACAAAACCUACCCCUUGAAUCUGACCAUGAACCUAA